AUGAUGGAGAAGGAUCCUCAAAUCAAACAACUGUUGAAGCCGGCACACAUGCUGAAGAUGUUCAAGCAACUACACAUGACCAAACUUUUGAAGCAGGAAUGUGGUUAUGAACCUCAUGAUAUUGAACAUGAUUUGGAAAAGGUAAAUGUGAUGUCUGAACCAGUUUCAAAAGUUCAAAUGAUUGAAGAUCACUUGGAAGCCGACUUAGAAGGGGAUGCUAAUGAGAUUGAAGAUAACUUGGAAAUGGUUAGUGAAGAUGAUGAGGAAAUUGAUGGGGAGAAUGUCUUCAUUGAAGAUACACAAGUUGUUGGGAGGCCUAGGAAAAGGAAGAUUUCUGAGAGAAAUGUGAAGAUCAAGCUGAAGAAAGUAGUUUAUGAUAAGGAUGGAGGGGGUUCUAGUAUUGAGAAACCUGUUAAUUUGGAGUAG